AUGUCGAAUACACCACCUUCUUCCAAAGUACCUCCUCCCACGCCAAAGCGGUACGCAAACAAGGGAAGUCGUCGCAACGACACCUCUCCAGAAAAGGGAGGACAAGCAGUCGAUGAAUUUUUUUCAACAAAAGUAUUGAGUGCGUACGAACCGUUCGAAUGGGUGCCGGGAACGAAAUUCAAUCGUCGUAUUUUUCCUCAGGAUAGCUCAAAGACAUUGGCUUUACUGCCAAACAGAUUGAAAGGCGAAGUGUGGGCUAUACCACCGAAUAAAGAGUUAGAAAUAGUUAAGCGUCACCGUCUCGCGCACAACAUCGUGUGUGGCCCACAAUCUGUCAUUCGUUCCGGCGUGGCAAUGUGUUCACAUUGCCAAAAACGAAUAAAUCGCGAUGAUGCCGUAUCCUUCGGUUGUAUAACCGUCAGUGAGAGUGCACAAUCAAGCUGUGCAGAGUGCCGGGCAAGAGGAACGAGCAAUUGUGAUUUUGGAAAGAAUGUCUUAGAAGAAGAAAUCCUAGAUGCGUCAUUGGCGUCUAACCUUGUUGCCAAGCUCGAAGGAUUGGAAGCAGUCGUCAGUGGUUUCGCGGCCAUUAAUACCCCGAUUCCACCUCAGGUCAUUUUGUCGGCUUUGGGUCCGCUUACUCGUGACGGGCGUGCACUUGUUCAGCAGCUUAACGCUGCUGUAGCUGCUAAUGUCUUGGACACCGACGAUCCUUCCUUACGUCGUCGCCGUACCGCGGUUAACUUUCUUCCCUCGCCGGUGUUGGAACACGGACAACUUACAGGACUCAGUGCGGGCUGGAACGAUGAAGAUAUCACAAUGGAUGACGCUGCAAAUAGACAGCUGAAUACCGAUCCUGCUGCUGCCGCUGCUGCCUCUGGUCCUGCGCGGAACUUACGAUCGCAACGCAAACUUGAUAGGAUGGGUUGGGUAAUUAACCAGCGACCGGCGGUAUGCAGUAACCGCCGGUUAAUAGGCCUUUUAGCACAGUGGUUUAGACCGCUGCCUCUGAAGGGCACUGUUAUAUCGUCCCAAUGCUGGUUAGUUGGUCUCGUGACAGAUCGACCGGCGACUUUUGAACAACGUCUUCGAUCUGCUCAAGCCUCCGGAAAGCGAGGGAAGUCUCGUCAAAUCUCAGAUAGUAGUCGUUUGUCCACUCCCAACGAUUUAGAUCGUCAAACGUCGAACGCGAGUGGAUCAGGUGCCGGGGUGUCAGACAAGGAUACGCAUGGCCAUGAUCAAACCAUGUUAGAGGAGUUGGAUGAAGAUGGGGGUUAA